CGUCUAUGAGGUCUAUGAGACUGGUGCUAGUAUUUAGUGAUCCGUGGGUGACAAUUUCUUUGAAAAAAAGGGAACGAAUACAUUUGUUUUCUAAAGGGGACUGAAGUGUCCAAAGGGUCCAAAGCAUAUAAUCACGUAUGAUUAUUUGGAAUGACGAACGAAACAGAUCUGCCAAUAUUAACAUCACUGAUUGCAGGAGGAACAGCAGGGAUAACUGUCGAUGUGACUUUGUUCCCCUUGGACACAUUGAAAACCAGACUUCAGAGUCCAUGUGGUUUUUUUGCAAGUGGUGGAUUCCAGCAUCUUUAUAAAGGAGUAGGAACAGCAGCAGUAGGUUCAGUUCCUUCAGCUUCUGUAUUCUUCUGUACGUAUGAUACCAUCAAGAAGAUAUUUUCAAAACAAGUUGAUCCAGUGUACUUACCAGUAAUUCACAUGGGUGCUGCUUGUGCUGGUGAAAUAGGAUCUUGUCUCGUUAAAGUGCCCAUUGAAGUUGUGAAGCAAAGGCAGCAGGCAGCAUUAGAAAAAUUAUCACCUUUGCUUAUCUGCAAAAGGGCUAUUGAAACAGAAGGUUAUUUGGGCUUAUAUCGUGGCUUUGUUACAACAACUCUUCGAGAAAUACCUUUUGUUCUGAUCCAGUUUCCAAUAUGGGAGUGGUUCAAAGCACAGUGGUAUUGUGCUAAAAAGGAGAAUCUCAGUAUUAUUGAAGUGGCAGCCUGUGGCUCAGUAUCAGGCGGGAUUGCAGCAGCUGUCACAACACCACUGGAUGUAGCUAAAACAAGAAUUAUGUUGGCAGAGAAGAACAUACAUUCUCAUGUUGACUGUUGGAGGCUUCGCACUUCUACUAUGCUUAUAAAUAUCUACAGAGAACAAGGAGUUCAAGGUCUGUUUGCUGGCUUUGUACCACGCGUACUAUGGAUUACACUUGGAGGUGCUGUUUUCUUUGGUGCAUAUCAAGCAGCAGUGGACUUCUGUUCACAGUCUGAUGUACUGAGAUAGGAACUACAUUUUAUUAGUUUUAAUUUUGUUACAGUUAUCACUUGAAGGUACAUGUGCUUGUUUGAGAUAUGCUGUAAGCUAUUUAAAUGAAGAAUUAUAACAUUUAAAUUGAAAAGUUUUCCUUAGCGAAAUGAAUUGUGCAGUACAGAUAUGGUAGUUACACACGACAGUGUAGUUUGCAAACUUUUUCAUGCAGGCUGUCUACAGAUGUAUUGACUGAGCAGCUGGAAACAGUCAAUAGCCUCGAAGAUGAGCGUGGAGUUAACAGCCCUUCACUAUGUCAUAAAUCUAGAAACUUUUCACUGUACAAGGUACAGGUAUUUAUACAAGACCUUGAACAUACAACUAUCAUUGAUAUUUUGACGAAAUACCAAAUAAUAGAUUAUUAUAGAUACGUUGACGAUAUUUUAAUCAUCUAUAAUUCCCAUAUAACUAACACUGAAAAUACUUUGAAUGCAUUCAACAGUAUCCGCCCUAAUAUCAAAUUCACAAUGGAAAAAGAAAUAAACAAUAUGAUCAAUUUCUUAGAUUUAUCCGUCAAGAAAACACAUGAUAAACUACAACUAGAAAUCUAUAGAAACCUACAAAAUGAUCUGAUCAUCCACAAUGAUUCGUGUCACCCAUUUGAACACAAAAAAGAUGCUAUAAACUUUCUCAUUAAUCGAUUGAAUCAAUAUCCCCUUUUGCAUAACAACAAAAACAGAGAAGAGAACAUUGUUAGAACUAUACUAAAUAAUAAUAACUACCCAAUAAAUACCAUAUAACUAACACAAAAACCCUUCACAAAAAAUACUAUGCAAAAGAAGAAAUGGACUACCUUUACCUAUUUUCGCCAUGAAAUCAGAUCUAUUACCAAACUUUUCAAGAAUACUGAAGUUGGUAUCUCAUAUAGGACAAAAACAAUAUAAAACAACUGUUAAAAAUAAAUGAUGACAGAAAUGAUAAGUAUAACCUCAGUUGGGUUUACCAACUACAGUGUGCUGACUGUCCCUUAAAAUAUAUAGGACAAACCGGAUGUACCUUUAAAAUCAGAUUCAGAGAACACAUACGAGACAUAAAAAAUAAUGGACAAAGCUCCAAAUUUGUUCAACAUAUAUUGGACACCACACAUGAAUAUAGUACAAUAGACAAAACAUUAGAAGUUCUAUAUAUCGGCAUGAAAG